GUCGGGCCAACGGGUCGGAGUGUCUUGGCGCCAGCCCCUUCCCACAGCCACCCAGGGACAGGACCUGCUGUCCCCCCGCACGUCCUGCUGCGGCCGCCGCCUCUGAUGGGGGCAGACGAAGAGUGAGGAGCCCCUGGCGCCCGCAUGAGCCCCUUCCCGGUGAGGCAGGAUUGGUGCCGGCCCCAGCAGGGGAUACACACCAUGGAGCCCAGCCAGGGGGAAGCCUGAAGCUGCUGGAAGGAGCGGGAAGGGGUGGGGGGACAUGGAGCCCCCCAACAGCAGCGUGGGCGGCCGGUCGGACCUGUGCUUCGGGGUGUUCAACGCCAGCAGCAACAGGCAGGACAGCAUCACCUCACCCUGGUUCUCCACCACCUUCGGCCUCAUCGGCCUCUGCUCCAACCUCUUCGCCCUGUGUGUCGUGCUCAGCUCCUCCCGCAAGCUGUCCAGCCAGGCUCGCUCCUCCUUCCUCGUGUUCCUCUGCGGGCUGGUGGUCACAGACUUCAUGGGGCUGCUGGUGACGGCCUCGGUCAUCAUCCCCUAUCACUUCAUCAAGUUCACCUGGGCCGAGGUGGACCCUGGCUGCCACCUCUGCAACUUCCUUGGCUUCUCCAUGGUCUUCUUUGGGCAGUGCCCGCUGCUGCUGGGGGCUACCAUGGCCAGUGAGAGGUUCUUUGGCAUCAACCAUCCUUUCUCCCGCUCCACCAGCAUCUCCAAGCGCCGCGCCUGGUCCAUUGUGGGGCUGGUGUGGGGCUUCUCCUGCCUGCUGGGGCUGCUGCCGGUGCUGGGGCUGGGCCGGUACACGCUGCAGUACCCUGGCUCCUGGUGCUUCCUCACCCUCCUGCCCGACACCGGCAACGUUGUCUUCUGCCUCCUCUUCGCCCUACCCGGCAUCUUCUCGGUGCUGCUGUCCUUCAUCUUCAACACAGUCAGUGUGGUGACACUCUGCCGUGUCUACCAUGACCGGGAGUCAGUGCAGCGGCGCCGGGACAGCGAGGUGGAGAUGAUGGUGCAGCUUGUAGGCAUUAUGAUCAUUGCCACCAUAUGCUGGAUGCCCCUCCUGAUCUUCAUUGUCCAGACGGUCCUGCAGCAGCUGCCAGCCAGCGGCCAGAUCCAGAUGCUGCCCACGGAGACACAGAAGAUGCUGCUCAUCUACAUCCGCAUGGUCACCUGGAACCAGAUCCUGGAUCCCUGGGUCUACAUCCUCUGCCGACGGGCGGUGCUGCAGCGCGUCUACCCCAGCCUGCGCCCCCGGGCCUCCAUCCUCUCCCUCUACCCAGUCCUCAACCCCUCCCUGGGCCGCAAGUUUACCAGCGAGUCCGUCCUGCAGUAGCAGCCCCCGGGGAACACGGGGGGAGGGCAACCCAUCCCCCCCCAUCCCUCAUCCCACCCCCCCAUGUUAAUUAAUUGUCCCCAUCACCCACAUCCAAGGGGUCUCCCCAGCACCACCCUCCCCCCAAGCCCAGCACCCAUGGGGGUGGCAGAGGAUGUGGGGCUGCUCCCCUGUCCCCAUCUGAGUGACCCCCCCCGCCCCCAAUAAAGCCCAGCUUGUGCAGCUCUCCAUGCCCACACCCGGGGGGGUGCCUGGGGGGCCCAGCCCUGUCUCCCACCAGAACAA